AUGACCAACAACACAAAGAAGAGAAAGCACGAAUCAUCACAGCCUUCGGCUGCUGAUCAUCACGAUGGUCAUGAUGGAAAAAUGUUUGAUGAUGAAAAUAUUGAAUCGGUGUUAUUUGAAGAAAUGACGACUGUUAAUUCACAAUUAAUUUCAUUGGCAAAUAAGGUGAAACUUGUUGAUAGUCGUUAUUUUGUGUACAAUAGCGAAAUAAUUGAUGAAUUUGUUGGAAAUAUUUACGAGUUUUUAAAACAAGUGGAUAUUCAUAGAAAAAAAGUUUCGUCCACUCGUUUGAAUUCUGACAAUUUAUUUAGUAUUUUCCAAUUCUUGAAUGUUAAUGAUCUCGCUUAUUGUAGAUAUGUUUCAAAAUUGUGGAAAGAUGUUGUGGACAGGGUUGAAAUACAAGUGAAUGCUUCCAAGAAUGUUGAGUUUUUGGUAAAAAGUCCACAAAUUAAGAAUGUCACUUCUUUGAAAUUGUCUGGUGCUCUUGUUAGCUCAUUUCAAUCACUUUCAAGAAAAGGUAUCAGAUGGGAUAAAUUGCACACAUUAGAUAUUUCUGGUAAUAAUUUGAUUCUAUCAUCCGUAAAGCAUUUAACGAAAUGUCAAAUGCCAAACUUAACUGAACUGAGCUUAAGGCAACUGCAAAAGUUUAAAAAAACGGAAGCAGAUGCAUUAUUUGGAAGUGCGUUUAUGUCAACCGUUAAGAAGUUAGAUGUAUCAUAUAAUUUUGAUGGAAUUGGGUCAUGCUUGGGUACCAAAUAUUUGAAACAAAUUACUCAUUUAACAUCUCAUACAUACGGUUACAGAGGUAACGAAUUUCAGAAUGAAGUAUUGAAAAAUAAGCCCAACUUGGAAUAUUUGGACAUUGGAAACUACCAAAUUACUGAUAUUUCUUUAUCAAAUGGAAAUUGUAAGAAUCUUACAUAUCUCAAGAUUACUGAAUGUUCCAUUAACAAUCAGGAUUUUGCAAAUUUGCUUAUUUCUCCAAACUUACCAAAUCUAACAACAGUCAAAUGGGUAAAUGCGAAUGUACAAUCUUAUCGAAAUAUGGUAUUUGAUAAUACAAUUGCUAAAUUUCCUCCCAACAGUCAAAGUUCAAUUACCAACCUAAAAUUGGAUGACUCCAACUUGGCACCAUUUCCCUCACUUAUUGAUCAUUGUCCAGAGCUCAAACAACUACGUCUUAGACCUACCAAGGAAUCACAAAAUGUCCUUUCAAAUUAUUUGAAUUCUACUUGUCUAUCAAAUUUGGAAUAUUUGAGUAUCGAUGGUGGAAACAAGGAAUUGCAAAUAAUUUGCACCAAUCCAAUCUUGUCUAAUUUAAAGGAAUUACGUUUUACAAAUAUUGAAGAAACAUCUAUAGAUGCAACCAUUUUAUCAAAUUGCACCAAUUUGAUAAAUUUAACAAAACUUGAAGGAAACAGAAAAGGAAAAAUGAAAGUAACAAGCGAAUGUUUACAAGCACUGAAAACUAAUCCUACCUUUUCUAAAUUGCAAACGAAAGACAUUUAUGUACAAGAAGAAACACUAAAAUUGGAAAACAUUAGAUGA